AUGGCACCAACUAGCACAGGACCUUUACUACGAGACCCAUUGGGCAAAAUAACAGAACCAGUCAUCGUUGAGCUUAAGGAUGGCUCAACGGGAACCAUAUACCCAAUAUACUCUGUGGAUGAUGUUCCAGAAUCAUUAUUGAGAUUCAUGCACAAAGAAAUGAAUGAUGAGAUCGAAAGAGGUAACACAUAUCCUAUCUAUGAUAUCUUUUCUCAAAAAGACUUUGCUGAUUAUUGGUUUUUUUCAUUUGUUGCAAUCAUGAUUAAAGGCGAGAACCCCGGCUUACAAGAAGAUACCAAUUGGGAAAGUGAGUUUUUGGGGACUUAUUACGUUAAGCCAAAUUAUCCAGGCCGUUGUUCUCAUAUCUGUAAUGCAGGGUUUGUCGUGAAUCCACGCAUUAGAGGUCAAAGCAUAGGAACAACACUUGGUAAAAAUUAUUUGAAUUGGGCACCAAUUUUAGGAUACACUUACUCUGUUUUUAACUUAGUUUUUGAGACCAAUGUUGCUAGCUCAAAGAUAUGGGAUAACUUGGGAUUCGAGAGGAUUGGUUAUGUUAAAAAAGCUGCAGUGUUGAAAGGUUAUGACGAACCAAUUGGUGUAAUCAUUUAUGGGAAGGAUCUUGUAUGA